GCAACGACAAUACACGCGGACACGCGCCGAAGAGGAGUAUAAUUACUUCUUGCGAGCGAAACCGCAUUGAAAGUGAAGUGAUGGCACAAGUGAUGCAGUAUCAACAGAUGUGCAUGCCUCCAAUGGCGGGGAUGGCUGCCGUGUCUAACCUUCCAAUGCCGAUGCAUCAAUCCGCCGCAAUCGAUUACGGAAGUUCGCCCAUUCACUAUCAACCGUACAAUACCGCGUUGAGCGGUCAUCAUCAUCAUCAUCAUCAUCAUCAUCAUCAUCUUCAGACGAGCCAGUCCGCCUACUGGUGCCCCACUGGUACCACGGGUCCCAGCCAAAUUACGGAGCCGCUCGCGCCGCCGGCGUACACGGCGGUGACGAGCCCCGCGCCCAACACCCCCUCGUGGACGCCCCACUCGCCCCCCCCCCCCCACGAGCCCCGCGCCCAACACCCCCUCGUGGACGCCCCACUCGCCCCCCCCCCCCCCCCCUAUCAAUGGCCCCUCACCCCGCCCGCCGAUCACCACUUCCUCCCAACCGAGGAUCCCGGAAAAUCCGGCAGGAAGUGCAUAAGAUGCCGUUGUCCGAAUUGUCAAACGGAGAACGGUGGAAGCCAGCUCGGCUUGGACGGGAAGAGGCAACACGUGUGCCACGUGCCUGGAUGCGGUAAAGUGUACGGGAAGACGUCCCAUUUGAAGGCCCAUCUCAGAUGGCACACCGGCGAACGGCCAUUCGUCUGCAACUGGCUGUUCUGCGGCAAGAGGUUCACGAGGAGCGACGAGUUGCAGCGUCAUCUACGCACGCACACGGGGGAGAAGAGGUUCGCUUGCCCUACGUGCGGGAAAAGGUUCAUGAGGAGCGACCACUUGACGAAACACGUGAAAACGCACGAGAAUCAGAAGAAGAAAAGUUCCGGGGCCAAGAGAGAGUGCAACAAGGAGAAUUCGUUGCCCGGAUGUGUAGCAGCGCAAAAUUCUACGUUUCCCUCUAUUGGUGGACAGUACGCUAUGAUUUGAG